AUGUCUUCUUCUUCCACCUCAUCCUCCGUCCCUCUUUUGAGGCCGCCCGUGCCCGGCAAUCGCAACAACGGCAAUGGCCCUCGUCCUCCCAAACUCACACUUGGAAUCCCUCCUUCGCCCAACGCCAGACCUGUCAAUGGAACGGGUAUCCCCGCCGCGGCCGCUGCUGCCCCCGAGGCCCCUCCGCCGCUCCAGCGUCCUGCGCAGCGCCCAGCUCCCCCGCAGUUGCGACUCGCUACUCCCAUGGGCAGCAGUUCAGAAGUUCCCCAGCAGGCCCCUAUUCGCCUUGCCAACGGCAGACCGGCUCCUCCGCCCCUCGCUACCACUGGAUUGAACGAAGCAAACGGUCAUUCGAGAUCCGGUAGCUUCACUUAUCUCGAUGGCAAGGCUAGCGGUCCCGCCUCGGCCUCCUCAUCCAACUACUCCGCCCUUUCGUUCGCCAUGGGUCUGCGGCAACCGCAUGGAACCCCGGAUCCGUCGUCGGCUAUCAGCUCUGUAUACUCCGACCGCGAGGGCGUCUCAGAACGGGACAACGGUGUGAACUCGCUCAUCCCGGAUUUGGACAAGCUGUGUCUGGAAAAGGGCCGGCCCCUCGAACCCGACGAUCUGGACGAUGAAGGUUGGCUUGCUGCUAGUGAGCAAAAGAAAAUUGUUGAGUUGGGAAGUUUGGGUGAGGGUGCCGGUGGUGCUGUUACGAGGUGCAGGCUCAAGGAUUCAAAGACUGUUUUCGCAUUAAAGAUUAUCACUACAGACCCCAACCCCGAUGUCAAAAAGCAAAUCGUUCGAGAACUGAAUUUCAACAAAGACUGUGCCUCGGAUCAUAUCUGCAAAUACUACGGUGCAUUUAUGGAUAAGUCGACGGGUACGAUCUCGAUUUCCAUGGAAUUCUGCGAAGGUGGAAGUCUGGACAGUAUAUACAAAGAAGUCAAGAAGUUGGGAGGUCGAACAGGUGAAAAGGUCUUGGGCAAGGUCGCAGAAGGUGUCCUGAACGGUUUGACAUAUCUUCACAGCCGGAAAAUUAUUCAUCGAGACAUCAAACCGUCGAAUAUUCUCUUAUGCCGCGACGGUCAAGUCAAACUCUGCGAUUUCGGUGUCAGUGGCGAAUUCGGCACAAAAGGUGAUGCCAACACAUUUAUCGGUACCUCAUACUAUAUGGCUCCUGAACGAAUCACGGGUCAAUCGUAUACAAUCACAUCAGAUGUUUGGUCUCUCGGAGUCACAUUGCUCGAAGUCGCCCAACAUCGCUUCCCCUUCCCGGCCGAUGGUACGGAAAUGCAGCCCCGCGCCGGCCUGAUAGACCUUCUCACCUAUAUUGUCCGACAACCGAUUCCCAAAUUGAAGGAUGAACCAGCAAACCGCAUUCGCUGGUCCGAUAGCUUUAAAUACUUCAUUGAAUGCUGUCUCGAGAAAGAACCCCCACGACGAGCGACUCCAUGGCGGAUGCUGGAACAUCCCUGGGUGCAGGAAAUGAAGAACAAAAAAGUCAACAUGGCCAACUUUGUGAAACAAGUAUGGGAUUGGAAAGAAUAA